AUUUCCACCUCUCAUCUUCUCCGCUUUCCUCAACCGCAUUUCUUCCGUACUCCCACCGCAUAUUGCUGCAUCACCGUUCCUCCUCCGCACCUAGUGCCACCAUCGUGCCGCCAGAUUAGGGUAGAUCCGCCGUUGGGUAGGGCAGCGCCGAACCAUCUCCAACAUCGCCAUCUUUAAGGCCUGCAAGCCAGAGGAAUUUAAUCUGGAAAGCACGACUCUGUUGCGGCAGUCAGCGUGGUCCCGCGCGGCGAGCAUGGACGCGCUGGACGGCCACGUGCUGUUCCGCGUCGCGGACGCCACGGGCGAUCCGCUUCCCACCAUCGCGCGCCUCGCCGCGCUCUCCCGCGCCUUCGCGCGCGUGGCCCGCGCGGAGCUCUGGCCGCUCUACUGCCUCUCGCGCGCCGCGCAUGCCGACGCGGGCGACGCGGCGGCGGUGGUGGCGCGUCUGGUGCGCGAGGCGGGCGCCGCCGACGCCCCGCGGAACGCGGCGAGCAGCCUGGUGCGGUGCGUGAGCGCGUGCCCGGGCAUGUCGCCCGCCUGCUCCGCCGCGCUGCGCGUGCACGCCGCGACGCCGCUGGAAACGACGCGGGUGGGCGGCGGGUGGUGGGCGAGAGGUUGGGAUGCAGACCGCGGGGAGGAGGAGGCGGAGGGAAGCGGCGACGACGGGGGAAGCGGCGGCGUGGGAGGCGGCGAGGGGAGCGAGGAGCACGUGAGGGAGAGCAGCGGGUCCGAGGGUGAGAGAGGCGAGGGAGGACGUGGGGAGGGCGGGCGCGGCGACGCAGCAGGGGGCGGCGGCAGCGGCAGCAGCGCAGGCAGUGGUGGGUGCGAGCGUGGUGCGGGCGUUGCUCCCACGGAUCCCACCGACUCCACGCCCGACCUGCGUGUUGCCCCCAAUGCCCCCACUGCCCCCGCCAGCAGCAGCGGUGCCGCACCUGCUGCUUCUUCCCCCCCCGUGAACCCCCAUCUGGACGCCAUCUGCGCCCUAUGCGCCCACCUCGCCCAGCAAAUCUUCCGUGCUGACUGCUUCCUCCCCGCCCCUCCCUACCCCCCACCACCUGCUCCUCCCUGCACUCCUCUGUGCCGCUCCCCCUCCUCUCCAUCCCUGUCUCCAUGCCCCCCGCUGGGGGAGGAAAAGACAGUGGGGGAAGGCGAGGGUGGAGGAAGUGGGGGUGGAGGAGGAGGGGUGGAAGAAGGGGUGGGAGAAACGGGAGAGGGUGUGGCUGUGGUGAUGCGGACUCGGGGGUGCGGAGCGCACUGGGGGGGGAACGAGCACUGUUGUGUGGUGCGCGGAGCAAUCGCAGGGUUCAGGCACUCACGCUUCCACUGGCUGCUGCAAGGCCAGCCGUUUGCCCACGGCACAUGCCCCUUCUGCCACGACCAGGCAUGGGACGCCACGGCGCUGCUGCAGCCCUCGGCUCACACUGUGCUGGGCUGCACUGAGGGCGACGCCUGCUGCUUCAUCUGCACCCAGGGUCACGUGUUUGGUGCGUACAAGGCACGGCACUCCGCCUUUGACUGGGACGAGUUCUCAGAUGACGUUGAUGGCGACGACCAAGAGGGCGACAUCUAUGAGGACGGCGAUUACGAUGACUUCUCAGAUGCCUUCGACGACUACGGAGAGUAUGACGUUGAGGCAUUCGACGAGCCCAAUUGGUUCUAGUUGGUGAAACUUGUGGCGGAUUGGAAUGGAAUAGCCAUGUCAAUAUAGGUGUACAAAAGUGGGGUGGGGUUGGUGAAUUGAAUAAGUGAUGUUGCGAUAAAGCCGUACUUACAGCAUUUCUGUGAAUAGUUCCGAUAGAUAUUGUCGAGUCACACUAUGGAUAGCAUCCGUAGAAUGACGUCAGCAAAUAGCGCUCGUCUGGAUGGUUACGUCAGCAAGACGUUUCAGUCACGCGAACAGUCGCUCUCUUUUCAGUAGCGGUUAGAGCGCAUAGCGCAAAUAGCUCGAACAGG